AUGAAAAUCACGCAAAAGAUCGAACAGUCCACCAAGGACAACAAAAUAUGGUGGUCAUUCGAAUACUUUCCACCACGGACUGCCCAGGGUCUGCAAAACCUUCUGGAUCGCAUAGAGCGCAUGCGAGCACUUGGGCCCGAGUUUAUUGACAUUACAUGGAAUGCUGGAGGAAGAACCUCUGAUCUCACCGCCGAGAUGGUAAAAACAUGUCAGGGCCUAAUUGGUAUUGAGACUUGUAUGCAUCUUACGUGCACCAAUAUGCCUAAGGAAAAGGUCGACAUUGCAUUGCGGGAAGCAAAACAAAGUGGCUGCAGGAAUGUUUUGGCUCUUCGAGGCGAUCCCCCAAUGGGCAAGGAGGAAUGGGAAGCUGUUGAUGGUGGUUUCGUUCAUGGCAUUGAUCUCGUAAAACAUAUCAGACGAGACUAUGGCGACUACUUCGAUAUUGCUGUCGCCGGUUUCCCAGAACAUAUGACACUCCCCAAAGAAGAGCUCGACAAAGAGAUAUACUACCUGAAGCAAAAGAUCGAUGCUGGAGUUAGCUUUAUCUUCACUCAGAUGUUUUACGACGUCGACCUUUUCAUCAACUGGGUGAAGGCCAUUCGUGCUGCUGGCAUUACUAUUCCAGUGGUCCCAGGUAUCGCUCCUAUACAAACCUGGAACGGCUUCCAACGUGCUACAAGUCUGGCCAAAAUCACUAUUCCCAAGUUAUUCCUUGACGCACUAGAACCGGUCAAGAAUGACGAUGAGAAGGUUCGAGAGGUCGGUACACGUCUUGUUGCUGAUAUGUGUCGCAAAAUAUUGGAUGCCGAUAUCGGGAUUCGUGGCCUUCAUUUCUACACCAUGAACUUGGAGAAGGGUACGAAAAUGUUGCUUGAGGAAUUAAACUUGGUACCCAGAAUCGAAACCAUUAAACCCUUACCCUGGAGACAAUCUCUUACACCUAAUCGGCGCCAUGAGACUAUCCGUCCCAUCUUCUGGGCGAACAGGACCAAAUCCUACAUCUCAAGAACAGAGAACUGGGACGAGUACCCUAAUGGCCGUUUUGGUGACUCCCGCAGUCCUGCAUAUGGUGAACUUGACGGCUACGGUGUCUGGAUCAAGCAGACAAAAGAAGAUGCACUCAAACUAUGGGGCCAUCCGAUCACGUUUGCCGAUCUCUCAGCGUUGUUCACCAAGUUCUGUUCCUCUGAAUUGAAGGCCUUACCUUGGUCAGACCAACAGGCUUCAAUCGAAACUUCGGUCAUCUCGAAGCAACUGGCCCAAAUCAAUGAACUCGGAUUCUUGACCAUCAACUCGCAACCAGCUGUCAAUGGUGCACGGAGCGACGACAAAGUGUUUGGGUGGGGCCCCAGCAAUGGCUAUGUUUACCAAAAGGCGUAUCUCGAGUUCUUCGUCAACCCUACCCUUCUUUCUCUGCUUCUAACACAGAUCGAACGUGAUAAGAAUAUUACGUAUUAUGUCAUUAAUAAACGAGGCGAUCUGCGCACAAACAAUCACUCAGACGGGCCAAAUGCCGUCACUUGGGGAGUGUUUCCUGGCAAGGAAAUCAUUCAACCUACCAUUGUGGAGGCAGUGAGUUUCAUGGCCUGGAAGGACGAGGCCUUUGAGCUUGGUGCCCAAUGGGCUAAGCUGUACGAACACGACUCUCCCUCCAACAAACUCAUCGCGGAUUUCAUGGAAACAUCGUUCUUAGUUAACGUUGUCCAUAAUGACUUCCAUGACCCAGACGCCAUCUUCAGGCCCUUCUAUAAGGCCGGCGCUGAAUACCUCGCACAAAAGUCUAAAUCCACUGCCGUCAAUGGCCACUAA